AGCUGAUGUAUUUGGAACGAUCAGUAUGGGACGAACCGUACGGGACAGUCGAUUGCGUAGCAGCAUUUUAUAGGAGCGAUCGGGCGAUUUCAUUUGCCAAGUGAGAGUGCCAGCACUAAGGAUUGCUUCCAAAUCCAAUUUGAUCCGGAUUCAAUAAAGGUAUGUGCGUACUGCACAGAAACUCCAUGAAUUUGCUGUAGAACUGUCGGGUGAAUUUACAAUUCCCUUAAAAUCCGGCUCUGUUUUCAAUCAUUAGGCAAUUCAAGGCUGUCAAAAAUAUUUGAGUUUCUGGCACACUUUUAGCUACACUAAAGCUUUGCUAAAAAAAAUCAUUUUCUAGGUCCAACGAAAAAAAAAAACUCAAAAUGUCUAUCGACAUGUCCGACAUACAGCCCAUCAACAUGAUCGAACCGGAUUUCAUUACCCUAACCGAUUAUGAACGAAAUUUCGAUCCAAUUUAUUGGCGCAAAACAUACCGUCAAAUUUGGAUGGGAACUGUUUACCUCUCCGUUGUCUAUCUAAUAGGAGCAUUUGGUGGAGCAUAUCUAAUGCGAAACAGAAAACCCUAUAAACUUAACGGUUUGCUGGCUGUGUGGAACAUAUUGUUGAGCAUAAUGUCAAUAUGGGCAUUUUGUCGUACAAUACCCGAGUUUACCAAUCAUCUGACAGGCGAGAAUGGACUGUACCAUACCGUUUGCGAGUGGACACAUCAUAAUGGGGCCAGUGCCCUCUGGGGGUUCGUGAUAAUGGUAUCGAAAGUUUUCGAAUUCGGAGACACGGCCUUUAUCGUGCUACGUAAACAGGAGCUGAAGUUCAUUCAUUAUUACCAUCAUGUGGUUACAGCUAUAAGCUGGGCGUACAUGUACCCAUUUUAUGAACCCGUACAGAUGUGGUUUGUUGUCAUGAAUGCAUUCGUUCAUAGUUUAAUGUAUCCCUACUAUGCGCUUAGGGCAAUGAAAAUCAGCAUGCCCAAGGUGGUCGCAAUGGGUAUCACAACUGUGCAGAUUUUACAAAUGUUUGCCGGCGUGUUCGUCAAUGUGUAUUCAAUUUGGAUAAUGUAUAUUGUUGGAAGUCCGGCCGAUUGUCCCGACAGAGUCGAAAGGGGUGUGCUGAUAUGCUCCGUAAUUUAUUUCGUUUUUUCAAUUUUGUUCUUCCAUUUCUUCAUUACCAAUUACAUUACUGGCACGGCAAGAGUGAAGUCGAAGAAGGUCUGAUGUGUGUGAUUGAAAUUAAAAAUUUAGUUGAACGAA